AUGAUUGCUAAACAAGGAAGGGGUGGACUCAUGCGGCGGUCGAGGCAAUCUUUCAUGUCACUGACCUCGUCGGGUUCAUCUCCUCCGAUAGGGGGGUCGCCUGCCUCAGGUUGCAGAGGCCUCAAAUCCUCGGAUGAACUCCGUCAAUCAGCCAAUUCUCUUUUUUUGCGAGAUAAAUCUAGCUCCUCGUCAUCUUUUUUAAAUUCUUCUCCGGGAGUCAACGAAGGAGUCUCAUGGCCGACGACAUUGGGUUCGAUUUCCAUGCAGGACCAACACAGCUGCGAAAUUGAGCCUGGAGAAAUCGGCAACAAGCCGCUGGCCCAUUGGUUCCUUUUGUUCGCAAUGGCGCUUCAUAUCCCAGGCUGCGUCAAUUCAGUUGUUGAGAUUUUAGAGCUGCACUAUCAUUCAUUUCCCCUUCUUGUUCUUCUUGGCACUCUUCCUUCUCUGGCCCAGGCUCGGAAGAAGGGUGGAACUUCCCUCGAAAACUCCACCGCAAAGGCUGAACGCUCCAACUGUUCAAUGCUCUUUCAUAGAGCAUCCUCAAACACUACCCUUCUUGCUAUUGAAGAGUACUAUUGUAAUGCCCAUCAGUCGGAUUCAUUCAGGAACACAGCGGAAAAGACAUCCCCUCCUCCAGUGUGCCGCAGGCCCUCGACACACCAUGCAUCGCAAGACGAGUGGGGACAUUUCACCGAUUUUGACGAAGAUUUUGCUCUCCGAGAAAAAGAUUUUCGUUUUGCAGUUUCCGUGCCAUCACCGCAACUAAUAAUAAACCUUGGAACUCUUCAAGAAGCGGAGGAGGAAGAGUAA